CGGCUGGAUUUUCUUCAGAGAGGUAGCUGGUCUGGAGGCAGUGCGUGGGCGGUGAGGGACUGCCAGGAACCUGGCUGUGGUCCGGCCUAGCAGGCGGGCUCCCGUUGAGUGGCAGCACAGCUCUGCCUGUGCAGGGCAGGCCGGGUUGCCCAAUUGGUCACACUCCUGUCCAGCUUGCUUCGGGGCUGUCACUCAGCUGUUCCUCUCGUCAGUUUCUUCUUUGCCAUUUUGUUCAAACAGCUGCCUUGAUCCCAGCCCCUCUUCCCCGCCGUCCUUCCCCGACCUCCGGUCUUGCCUGCGCACCGCAAGGACAGCUUCCCCGGGAGGGACAGGGAGCCAGGGCUAGCGCCCUCCAUUCGCUCCCCCACCUUCGCAGGCUCCGUGCUAGGAGCAACUGCCCACGCCAGGGGCAACUGGACACUUUCCCCCAUGGUUAUACCCUCCAGCAUUGAGGUGCCGCCGCCUCCCGCCAUGCUGCUGGCACUGCAGACGGACUGGGGCAGGAAGGAGCCCGCGUGUUACCUGCCAUCUUCCCGCUGCCACAGGCAGCCAUCCACAGGUGGCAGCAGCAGCAGUGCAGGAUGCCAGCUGCCGCCCGCCAGCCAGCCUGCCUCUCUGGGCGUCUCCCUUCCCACUGAGCCAAACAUGUCGAGCCAGCACGGUCAUGCCCCCUUCUCCAGCAUCCAGUCCAUGGCUGAUCACCCGCAGAUCCUGCCAGACCUGAGCGUCCUGCAGAGGCGAAUCCCCCUGACCUUCCGCGACUCGGCCACGGCGCCGCUGCGCAAGCUCUCUGUCGACCUCAUCAAGACAUACAAGCACAUCAAUGAGGUGUACUAUGCCAAGAAGAAGCGGCGGGCGCAGCAGGUGCCGCCCGAGGACUCGAGCACCAAGAAGGAGCGCAAGGUGUACAACGAGGGGUACGACGACGACAACUACGACUACAUCGUCAAGAGCGGGGAGCGCUGGCUGGAGCGUUACGAGAUCGACUCGCUCAUCGGCAAGGGCUCCUUCGGCCAGGUGGUGAAGGCGUAUGACCACCAUGACCAGGAGUGGGUGGCCAUUAAGAUCAUCAAGAACAAGAAGGCAUUUCUGAACCAGGCCCAGAUUGAGCUGCGGCUGCUGGAGCUCAUGAACCAGCAUGACACCGAGAUGAAAUACUACAUCGUGCACCUGAAGCGCCACUUCAUGUUCCGGAGCCACCUGUGCCUGGUGUUCGAGCUGCUCUCCUACAACCUGUAUGACCUGCUGCGCAACACCAACUUCCGCGGCGUCUCGCUCAACCUCACCCGCAAGUUCGCCCAGCAGCUGUGCACGGCGCUGCUCUUCCUGGCCACCCCCGAGCUCAGCAUCAUCCACUGCGACCUCAAGCCCGAGAACAUCCUGCUCUGCAACCCCAAGCGCAGUGCCAUCAAGAUCGUGGACUUCGGCAGCUCCUGCCAGCUGGGCCAGCGGAUCUACCAGUACAUCCAGAGCCGCUUCUACCGCUCGCCGGAGGUGCUGCUGGGCAUGCCCUACGACCUGGCCAUCGACAUGUGGUCUCUGGGCUGCAUCCUGGUGGAGAUGCACACAGGGGAGCCUCUCUUCAGCGGCUCCAACGAGGCAGAUCAGAUGAACAGGAUUGUGGAGGUGCUGGGGCUGCCACCCCCACACAUGCUAGAGCAGGCGCCGAAGGCCCGGAAAUACUUCGACAAGCUGCCCGAGGGGGGCUGGGCCCUCAAGAAGAACAAGGAGGUCAAAAAGGAAUACAAGGUGCCGGGCACACGGCGGCUGCACGAGGUGCUGGGGGUGGAGAGCGGGGGACCCGGGGGGCGCCGGGCGGGUGAGCAGGGCCACUCGCCCUCGGACUACCUGAAGUUCAAGGACCUGGUGCUGCGCAUGCUGGACUACGAGCCGCGCAGCCGCAUCACGCCCUUCUACGCCCUGCAGCACAACUUCUUCAAGAAGACCAGCGAUGAGGGCACCAACACCAGCAACAGCAACUCCACAAGCCCAGCCAUGGAGCACAGCCACAGCACCAGUACCACCAGCUCCGUCUCCAGCUCGGGCGGCUCCAGUGGCUCUUCCAAUGACAACCGCAACUACCGCUACAGCAACCGCUACUACGCCAGCACAGUCGCCGCCCACACCGACUGCGAGAUGCAGAGCCCCCAGGUACGGCCUCCUAGCCCCCCCGCCACCCACACCGACUGCAAGAUGCAGAGCCCCCAGGUACGGCCUCCUAGCCCCCCCGCCACCCACACCGACUGCAAGAUGCAGAGCCCCCAGGCUCCUCCUCCACAGCAGCAGCCACGCCUCUGGGCCGGGGGGGAUGUCCCGGCGCCGCCCAGCGACGGCUACCCGCCGAUCUUACCUCACAAGCCCACGCCCAGCCAGCCAGCGGCACCGCACUUCCACGGGGCGGGCCCGCACCCGCUCUUCCAGCCGGCUGGGCGCGCCCACUACCACCGCCCGCCCGUCUCACCCCACGGCCCCGAGUGCAUGGAGCUGGGUCCGGGCCCCCGGCACCUGGACUGUGCCCCUUUCGGCUCGUCGGCCUUCCGGACUAGAGCGGCGGUGGGGGGGCGGGUGGGAGAGGUGGGGCUGCCGCUGGCCUACCCCCCCCACCUGCGCAGCCGGGCGGAGCCCGAGGACUCGGCGCCCAUGCUGGGCGUGUGCGUCCCGCAGAGCACAGCAGCCAGCUCUUGAUGACUCCUCAAGCCAUAACGCUCUUAGGAUGCGCUGCCCGGCGGGGGGCGGGCAUGGUGCCCACGGAUGUUCACAGCCCCGAAAGCUGGCGCUGCCCGCCACCCCCACCUCCAUCCCGGGAGCUGGCACUGCCCGUGGCCCCCUUGCCUUGGGAGCUGGCCCUGCCCACCACAACCCCCAGGGGGUGGCAGCACUCAUGGCACCCUGCCCUGCCCCGGAGCCAGCACCGCCCACGGUCCCUGACUCGCCCACCUCCAAGCCACCGCGGCCCUGGCUCUCCCAUAGAGCCAACCCCGUGCCCACAGCCCUCUGCCCUCCCAAGCCAGUGCCACCCCUGCUGUCCCACUGCUUAGCCAGCAGAGCCAGUGCCCCCUGUGGUUGCCUGGAGCUGGCACUGCCCUUGCCCCCCAGAUUCCCCACGGUCCGGAGCUGGCACUGCCCCUCCCUCAUGUCCGUGUGGUUCCUACUGUAAAUGGUUCCUAAUUAACACUGGCUCCCUGGGCUGGGUGGGCGCUGGGGGGCUGCCGGCCGGACAGAGGGUCCCUCUGCACUUCAUGGACUGAUGGCCGGGCUGCCCGCCCCACGUCCAACUGGAAUUGCUGCUAAAACCGCCCCCUGCCCCGGGCAGCAGGGCCCUAGCCAAUAUUUAUAGACCCUGGCCCCUCCCACUGUGGGGAAGGAGCGCCCUGAUCUCUUCUCCCCCACCCAUGUCCUGCUGGGAGAGCCCCAUGUCCCUCUUGCCCUGCCCCACCCUCCUCCCCUCUUGCCCUGCCCCCCCACCCCCGUGUGUGUGGGAGCCCCCCGGGGAUGAGCCCUGUGGUCCGACACCCUGGCACUGGCGUGGCAGCGAGCCGGGCCGGUCGUGUGGCCCCAGCGUGGCCGUGGCUCGUGCUGUACUGUUUGUCUUUAAUUUAUUGUACCAAAGACGGUGCGCGGCUUCCCCUGGAGAGGCUGGAGGGGCUGCCCCGUCGGGCCCUCCCAGCACGGCCCCUGCGCUCGCCGCUGGACCCGGGGCCUCUGCUUUGGAGGGGGUGGUGAAUAAAAUAGUGACAGCAGCU